AUGAAUGUUUUCAUGUGUAUAAGGCAGCUCAGCUGCUUUUUUUAUGGUUGCUACUCUCUUUAAAAGUUGAAAAAUGGAUUUUCUGAAGCGAGUGGUACCUGCUGUAAUAACUGGCGAUGUUGUUUUGGAUGUUGGGGCUACUGAUUGUGACGGUGUCCCAAAACUUCUAAAAAUGAGACGUUUGAGUUUGCUUUCUAUAGGACAGACAAUGGAAGAAGAACUUGAUGAAAAUGCUUUAAUGAAUUCCAGAAUUCAACCAAAUGAACUGGAAACAUCAAAAGCAUCAGCACGUGUUAGUACUGUAACCAGGCGGCGUAUUUCUCCAGGAAGCAAUUCCACCUGGGAGAAGAAGAGUGUCACAAUGUCAAACAUUGCCAUUGACCCGGACAUCAAACCUGGGGAAUAUGUUAUUAAGAGCCUCUUUGCUGAAUUCACAGUUCAGGCUGAAAAAAAGAUUGAAGUUGUAAUGGCUGAACCAUUGGAACGUCUUGAUUUUGCAAUGAAAGAAAUCAUAUUUGAUCUACUUUGUGUUGGAAAGCCAUCAAAAACAUUUGCUAUUAAUCCAGAGAGAAUGAACAUAGGUUUGAGAGCAUUUCUAGUUAUUGCAGAUAGUUUACAGCAAAAAGAUGGGGAGCCUCCAAUGCCAACAACAGGAGUUGUCCUUCCAUCAGGAAGUACAUUGCGAGUAAAGAAAAUCUUCCUGAACAAAACCCUCACGGACGAAGAAGCUAAAGUGAUAGGUUGGUUUAUAUACUUCUUUGUGUAUUCAGGACCCAACACUGGGAAUAUGCACAUUAUUGCAGAUUUAUAUGCAGAAGUGAUUGGUGUUCUUGCACAGUCAAAAUUUCAGGCAGUAAGAAAGAAGUUUAUGACUGAACUGAAGGAACUACGUCAGAAAGAGCAGAGCCCUCAUGUUGUGCAAAGUAUUAUCAGUUUAAUUAUGGGAAUGAAGUUCUUCCGGGUCAAAAUGUAUCCUGUGGAAGAUUUUGAAGCUUCAUUUCAGUUUAUGCAGGAAUGUGCGCAAUAUUUCCAUGAAGUGAAAGAUAAAGACAUAAAACAUGCACUUGCUGGACUCUUUGUGGAAAUACUGAUUCCUGUGGCUGCUGCUGUUAAGAAUGAAGUGAAUGUGCCAUGUCUGAAGAACUUUGUAGAGAUGCUCUAUCAGACCACCUUUGACCUUUCAUCAAGAAAGAAACAUUCUUUGGCCCUGUACCCAUUGGUUACCUGCCUCCUGUGCGUCAGUCAAAAACAAUUCUUUCUCAACAACUGGCACAUAUUCCUUCAGAAUUGUCUGUCUCACUUAAAGAUGCCAUCUAACAACAGUAUCAGAAAGCAAAUAGAAACUUUGCAGAACAAAGACCCCAAAAUGUCACGGGUUGCACUGGAAUCGCUGUAUAGAUUGCUAUGGGUUUAUGUAAUCAGAAUAAAAUGUGAAAGCAACACUGUAACACAAAGAUAUUACUCUCGUAAGUCUGCUGUCUACUGCUUCCAGCGCAUUUACAUCCUACCUCAAAAUAAGGUGACCAGAUUCCCAUUAAAUAUUCUGUGCCUGCUACCUCAUUUAGUUCAACAUUUUGAUAACCCUACCCAAUUCUGCAAGGAAACUGCUGACAGAAUAGCAAAGGUCUGUGCAGAAGAAAAAACAGUCACACUCUCGAACCUGGCUCACAUGAUGAGCCUUUACAGCACACACAGUUAUUCACGGGACAGUGCAAAUUGGAUUAAUGUGGUUUGCCGAUACCUGCACGAUGCAUUCUCAGACAUCACUUUUAACCUGGUCACUUACUUAGCUGAGCUAUUAGAAAAGGGCCUAGCUAGUAUGCAGCAGUCAUUGCUACAGAUUAUCUAUAGCCUUCUGAGUCAUAUUGAUCUGUCUGGAGCACCAGUAAAACAAUUCAAUUUGGAAAUCAUGAAGAUCAUCGGCAAGUAUGUGCAGGUUAUAUUUUCAUCCAGUGAAGACUUAGAUAUUGCAGAGCAGCAGACAAGUUUAAUCUCCACAACUGAAGAGCCAAUCAGAGAAGAGGAAGUACCAGUAGAGGAUGCUAAUACUGAACAGCAAUUUGGAGUGUUGAAGGAUUUUGAUUUCUUAGACGUUGAACUGGAAGAUGCGGAGGGUGAAAGCAUGGACAACUUUAAUUGGGGCGUACGGAGGCGUUCAUUGGAUAGCAUCGAGAAGGGAGAUACACCAUCGCUUCAGGAAUUCCAGUAUUCAGGAAGCACACCCAGCUUAACCUUAACCAAUCAGGAGGACACCGAUGAAUCAUCCGAGGAGGAGGUAUUGGCUGAAAGUCAGAUGUUAACCCAAUCACAGAUACUAAACAGUGAUUCAAUAAUAGAUGAUGCUGCACCAAACCAUGUGGAAUCCUUGCAACAGUCAAGAGAAACAACGACGAAUGAACUGUCUGAUGAAGCACUACUGCCCAGAGCUGAGACCCCAAAUUUAGAGACACUGCUUCCAGAUAGCGCUAACAACCAGCUUCCUGAGGAUGCCAGUGCAGUUAUGAAGGAUGAACUGGUUAUCACUGUUGGUGAAGACACUGGUUCAGACAGUAACCAAGAUUCCCAGAAGUUUGAAGACGCAGUUAUUUCUGGGAGUUACCCAGAGUUCAUCUGUGAAGAGGAUGUAACCCUUGCUCUUAAAGAGCUUGAUGAAAGAUGUGAAGAGGAGGAGGCAGAUCUUUCAGGACAUUCAAGUCAAGAUGAAGGAGACCAGGAAGAGUUUCCUGAAAUUCAAGCCUCACCACCACCAUCACCAUUCCUUUCUGCAAUCUUGUCUGCUUUUCAACCAGUGGCUUAUGAGGAUGAGGAAGAAGCCUGGCGUUGCCACGUCAAUCAAAUGCUGUCCGAUACAGAUGGAUCCUGUGCAGUGCAUACAUUUCAUGUGUUCUCCAGAUUGUUUCAGAACAUUCAGAAAAAAUUCUGUGCCAUAACUCAUGAUUCAGUCAGUCAUUUGGGGGACAGCCUGCAGAAGAUUGGGUCAAAGUUCAAGAGCUCAUUAGAAGUAAUGAUGAUGUGUUCAGAUUGUCCUACUGUAUUUGUGGAUGCCGAAACUCUUGUCUCAUGUGGAUUGUUAGAGACAUUAAAGUUUAGUGUAUUGGAGCUACAAGAACACUUGGAUACCUACAAUGCCAAAAGAGAUGGAGCUGAGCAGUGGUUGGAGAACUGUAAAAGAACAUUCGGCACAGUUGAUGCUCUCCAGAGAACAAAUAGAGAAGCACAAGAGUUGGAGCUGUGUCGAAGACUAUACAAACUGCAUUUUCAACUACUGCUCUUGUAUCAAGCCUACUGUAAACUUAUCAGUCAAGUAGACACCAUCAAGCAAAAGGUUGAGGUUAUAAAUAUGUCAGAGGAACUGGCUCGGUUGGAAGCCAGCCUGAAAGAGGCAGAAGAUUUCAGUAAUGAAGUUGAAGUUUCUGAAGCCCUGCAGACAUGCACAGAGAUUGCUAUUCACUCGCUCAUUGAAACUUUAAGAAACAAGGAAUUUCCAUCUGCACUUUCUCAGGUCAAAGUAUUCAGAUCUAGAUGGCCCAAUGAUAUUUUUGGAAACUGUGACGAUGAUCCAGUACAAACCCUCCUGCAUAUUUAUUUCCGCCAUCAAACACUGGGUCAAACUGGCAGUUUUGCGGUGGUGGGGUCUAACCAGGACUUAUCCAAAGUCUGCUCUAAACUGAUGGAACUGAAUCUGCAGAUUCGUGAGUCUCUCCGAACAGUGCAGUCAUACCAGCUUCUGGCAAAGACAUCAGCUUCAGAUAUUCAAAGACCUGGAUUUUAAGAAACAGCAGUGGCUCAAAUUUCAUCCCUUUCAGUGUUGAUAAGAAGGUGCAUCAUGUAUAUUAAUCACAUCCCUCACAUUGGCUUCAAUUUUUUUGAACACGCUGUAGGUUGUCUUUAUUUAUAAAAAUAUAGUCACGCACAUGAAGCAACCAGAUGGUAGACAGUUAAAAACCAAUUGACUGGGUAAUAGCUGUAUGGAACUAAACAGCAAAUCACUCCAUGUGCACAAAGUGUAUAGGAUUGACUGUGUAACAAUUUUCUGGUAAAGGGCAUGGAAUGAAGAAAAGUGUUAUUCUUCAUUUUCUGAGGACAACCCAGUUCCAUUGUAAUAAUGUAUAGUAGUGACACUGAGGCUCUCUGUAGCAGGUGGAAUGAUGCUAAACUCAUCUGGGAAAUGGCUUUAGGCUGAAUAACCUGCAAGGCUUCAAGGCAACAAGAAUAUUUCAGCUUUGUUUUCAUAGUGUCUAUGGACAAACUCUUACAUAAACUAUUUAAUGCCACUUUCCAUGUGGUAAUAAUAUUAUUUGUAAGACUUGAUUUAGAACAAACUGACUGCAGGCUUUAGAGUAUAAAAAUGUUAAUAGUUCAUAAGGUCUCAAAGCAUGCCUGAAAAAAACAUUUAAGGAAAUUUAUUUUGUAUUAGAAUUAAUAUGAUCCAUAGUAUGCUGUAGAGAAUCUUAUAUAAAAGUUAGGAUACUUGACAGGUAAAUUUAACUGAGUUUUACUCAGUAAUGUAAACUAAUUCUACAUCUGUUAUUUUUGCCUACUGUUCAGUGUACGUUAGAUACUCUCUGAUCAGUGAUCGUUAUAAAUACCAGUGGUAUCUAACCAAAAAUAUGCCUGUAGGUACUCAAAACUGAACGGCAGCAGAAAUAAAAAGUGCUUCAUCCUAGCAAUUUUAGGAGAACUCACCUAACUUAUUUUACUCUGUAAAUAUUUUAGACCUGUAUAGUGUAAAAUCAGUAUUGUAUUUCUUGUACAUUUGUGCAUUGCACUGUUGUGAGAAUAGGUGUAUAAAACUAAUGCAAAAGAAAACAAAACUAAGUACUGGUAAUGAGUCUUUAUCUGCUGUCUCUCUAGUCUGUGAAUUUACAGAUAAUUCUGAAAAGCAGAUACUGUUCUGUCUACUCAUUCGAACUUCGGGACCAUUUUUCCUUCGUUAUUGGGAAAGAAAGUCAAGGAUGAGUCUGCAACCUUCAACAUACUCAAAAAGACUGAAAUACUGAAAAUCUCCAACUUUCAUAAUUGUGAUUCUGUUUGCAGCAGUGGCUUUCUGUGGGGAAAGAAAUUGAAUGUAAAAAUCUGUUUGCUGGGAAUGACCCUGCUUAUAAUAUGCAUCUGUCCUAUCCACUGUGAUUUUUAUUGGGCUCUAUACCAUGGAGUGUAGAAUGUACUAUUUAAUUAAUAGCAUCUGCCUUUUGAGAAAAAGUGCAUUAUAGACCAGGAAUAAUUAUGAUGAAUUGUAUGAGUUUAAGGCACUGUGCAUGCUAUCAGACUGCAAACAGUAGUUAACAAUAAUUUAAGGCUCUGUAACCAGUCAUAGCAAAUUAACAAAUCACUGUAAUCAUUCUUCAAUGAUAAAUUAUUUUGUUGGCA